ACCCUCCGGAAUUGCUGCGAGCGCCUCGUCGGCCCCAGAUCCGCUCUUUUUAAGCGUUUCCGCGGGAAAGCCGCCGCGCUCAGCAAAAGUCCUGGAAGACGGUCGCCUGAACUGGUGGGCGAACGUGGAUCCCAGUUGCCAAAGGCUCCUUCCACUGGCCACCACCGGCGACGGCAACUGCCUGCUGCACGCCGCCUCCCUGGGUAUGUGGGGGUUCCACGACCGGGAUCUGAUGCUCCGUAAAUCCCUUUACACCCUGAUGGAUAAAGGUGCGGAGAGGGAAGCCCUGAAGCGCCGGUGGCGUUGGCAGCAAACGCAGCAGAACAAGGAGUCGGGGCUCGUUUACACGGAAGAAGAGUGGCAGAAGGAGUGGAACGAGCUGAUCAGCUGGAAGCUGGCAUCCAGCGAGCCUCGCGUGCACUACGGCACCAACGGGGGCGGCUGCGGAGGCGUGGAGAGCUCGGGAGGGCCGGUGUACGAGCUGCGGGACUCGGGGGGGGAAGCCUUUGCCCCUAUUCCCUUUGGAGGGAUCUAUCUUCCCUUGGAAGUCCCAGCCAACAAAUGUCACCGGUCUCCGUUGGUACUGGCUUACGACCAAGCCCAUUUUUCUGCCCUGGUAUCCAUGGAGCAGAAGGAACCCACAAAAGAUCAAGCCGUGAUCCCCCUGACGGACUCGGAGCACAAGCUGCUCCCCGUGCACUUCGCCGUGGACCCCGGGAAGGAGUGGCAGUGGGGGAAGGACGACAGUGACAACGUCAAGCUGGCCAG